CCCCUCCUUCCGCCGGCGGCCCCGGAAGCGGGCGAUGGCGCGGAACGUGCUGUACCCUCUGUACCAGCUGGGCAACCCCCAGCUCCGGGUCUUCCGCACCAACUUCUUCAUCCAGCUGGUGCGGCCCGGCACGGCCCAGCCUGAGGACACUGUGCAGUUCCGGAUCCCCAUGGAGAUGACCAGAGUGGAUCUCAAGAACUACCUCGAGCGCAUCUACAGCGUGCCGGUGGCUGCCGUGCGGACCAGGGUACAGCACGGCUCCAACAGGAGGAGGGACCACAGGAACGUCAGGAUAAAGCAGCCCGAUUACAAGGUGGCGUACGUGCAGCUGGCACACGGGCAGACCUUCACGUUCCCAGAUCUGUUUCCCAAGGGAAAGCAGUCCGGAGGCCGCCCCACGGACGAGGACCUCCGGGACCAGGUGCUGGAGGAGCAGCGGCAGCACCGGAGCCCCGACCCGCGGCGUGGGGGCGUCCCGGGCUGGUUUGGCCUGUGACGGGCCAGCCGCCCCGCCAGAAUAAAGUGCCGCUUGUGGAGA